AUGGCGGCGCCGCGGGAGCCGGGCCGGGACUCGGAGGCCGCGUUCGCGAAGCGGAUUGACCCGGCGCGGGAGCCGGAGCUGAGCGCGGAGCAGCGGCGCGUCAUGCAGCGCGCGGAGGAGGCGCUGCGCCAGCGGGCCCUGCAGCGGCGGCUCCGGGGCCGCAACCUGCUGACGGGGCUGGGCAUCGGCGCGGUGGUGCUGGGCAUCUAUGGUUACACCUUCUACAAGAUCUCCCAGGAGCGAUUCCUGGAUGAGCUGGAGCAGGAGGUCGAGGCUGCCCAGGCCCAGGCUGCUAAGACCCCAGUGAACUGAGCCCCUGAGCAGGCUGGCGCUGCUCCCCACUUGGGAUGGAUCCAGCUGGAACUGAGGCCUGUGCCAGGGACCCUCAGCAGCCCGACUCCUCUUGGGUUGCAUCUGCCUUUGACAUGCCAGGCACUCCCUAUGGUGGGCUGAGUCCCCCUCGGUGGAAGGGGGGGGUCCCCUGUGCCCAGUGGGGACCAGGCACCUGUUAACUCCAGUCAAACCUUCCGGCUGCAGUUGCAGACUGUGGUGCAACAGCACCAGGUUUGUUUCCUGACAUGCUCAUCUGCUAUUCACCCCCUGCAGCAGGUGGGCCAGGGCCUCAAUAAACCCGUAAAUGAUUCACCAGAGUGGGUGUGUGAAAUGCCAGCCCUGGGCCUCCCCAGUGGGGCCUGCUGGGGGGCACUUGGGAUGGGGGUUGGAAGGAUAAGUUGGGGUAAGUGCAACAUCCCUGUAAUAUCUUCUUGUUGGUGAAAAUACACACGGGGGAAGCUUAAAUGCUGUCUCCCAGGUCUGUCCCAGCAGCCCCUGGGGUGGUUUGUAGCUAUUUAAGAGCAAAUGGAGAAAGGUGGUAGAAUAGUAAGUGUCUAGGACCAAGUUUGUUGGCUGCAGAUGGGGUGCCAGUGUUUCUUGGGCUGAACACGGCUGCCUUGGGGCUGCAUCAUGAAUUCCUUGUUUCCUGGUGCUGAGAGGAAGCCAGGGGCAGUACCUGGCCUGGGGGUGCCACCCAGCAUGUUUACCACC